UUUCUGCGCAUCACAGCUUCAGUUAACGCCAUAUCACUACAAGAGUUUCGCAAGUUUUAUUAUGUUUACAAAAUGAUUUUAAAUACUGAUCCUGAUUGUGAUUAAACAUUUGAUAUCUGUUAGUGUAGCUCGUUAAUACAUGCCUGUUCGGUUGAAAACGAUGUGUGCCAAAAAAUUGGAUGGGUUUCAAAGUUCAAAUUCGUCGUUCUGGAGACAGUCCAGUGGAGCUAUUCCUGGCAGGGUCAAUCAAACUAAAUCUUCAGGGUUUGGAGCCGCGGCUCACAGCUUUCAAGACUUCCAAGAGAGUGUCUCAGACGCCUGGGAUAUCGAGGAACCAAUAACUCCAACAUCAGCUCCAGUUAAAGAAAGCAAGGAAGGAACUGUUUCAAAGGAGAAGGACGGAAUUACCCCCACACACUCACUUUCUCAGAUCCAGUCCCGUCAAGUCACUCCUAGACUUAACCUCAUCCGGAGAAGUCCCCCCAACCCUGCCCAGAGCCCAGACCUUGAGAAGGAGAAAACCAAGUGUGCCAAGUUUGAGAAGGUUCUCUCCGGGUCCCCGGUGAGUAUAGCGGAGCUGGAGAAGCUGAGCUGGUCUGGAGUACCUCAACCCUACCGAACCCGAGUAUGGAAGAUGUUAUGUGGAUAUUUACCCGCCGGGAAGUCGGAUCUGGUUCUGCAGAGAAAGCGGGAGGAAUACAUCGGAUAUGUGAAUCAAUAUUUCAACAACAAAGAAGAAGAUAUACAUAAAGAUACUUUCAGACAGAUUUCAAUCGAUGUUCCCAGAAUGUCUCCUCUGGUCACCCUGUUCCAACAGAAACCCGUUCAGGAGAUGGUUGAACGAAUCCUAUAUAUCUGGGCUAUCAGGCAUCCAGCUAGCGGAUACGUCCAGGGUAUUAACGAUCUUGUUACACCCUUCCUUAUGGUUUUUCUCCAGGACUACGUGGAUACAGAUGUUACCAGGGUCCACUUCCAGUUCGACGAGCUGGAGGAGCAGGUUCGUAAGGAUAUUGAGGCGGACGCAUUCUGGUGCAUGACGAAGGUCCUGGAGGGAAUCCAGGAUAACUAUACAUUUGCUCAGCCUGGGAUUCAGGUUAAGAUCAGACAGCUGGAGGAACUACUCAAGAGAGUUGAUCAAGAUCUUCAUAAUCAUAUUGUAGGACACGAUGUUCAGUAUUUACAAUUCUCAUUCAGAUGGAUGAACAAUCUUCUGCUCAGAGAACUCCCUCUCACUGCAACAAUAAGGCUCUGGGACACGUACCUAGCUGAGACCGAGGGUUUCAGCAAGUUCCAUUUGUAUGUGUGCGCGGCGUUCCUUAUCCGGUGGAAGGUUGAUCUGAUGAAUAAGAAGGAUUUCCAGGGAAUUCUCUUAUUUAUCCAGAAUGUUCCAACAGCCAAAUGGAAUGAUAAAGAUAUAAGUUUGUUGGUGGCUGAAGCGUACCGGCUCAAGUACACCUUUGCAGAUGCUCCAAACCAUCUACCUGACUGUAGAAUAAAGACGAGUAUGUGAUACUUGACCCCUGUGAUACGAAGAAACUAGAAGUUUUGACCGGCGUGAGAUAUUUAUCUAUUUUUGUAUCAAGUUGGUGAGCUGAAGAGAGAUACAUGGUUUUAUUUACAACAUUCUUAGUUUGUAAUCUUUUAGUUUGAUAUUUAAUAAAACAUUUAUAUAGUUGUAGUUA